UUUUUUUUGAAGGGGGAGGUAGUGCAAUUUUAAACUUAACUCCUUAUUUCAAAAAGUUUUGUGUACAAUAAUAUAAUUACAUUAAUCAAGCUAAGCUUGGUCUAGUGGUAAGAAUUGUAUUUUCCAACCUAGAGGUUGGAGGUUCAAUCCUCACUAAAAACAUUUUGAUCUCACUAAAAACAUUUUGAAUGUGAGAGAUCUAUUAUCCUUCCCCCCUCACUCUCAAAGUGUUUGACCCACAAAUACCAAAAAUAAUAAUAACAUGAUUACAUGCAUACUAAGCAUGUUUAUUUACUAACUUGAAUAAAAAUUAUUCACACAUCACAUAAAUAACUUGAAAUUACAGAUUAAACACUUAUCGGUCUUUGUUGAAUUAUUUUACGGAAUAUUUUUAUUGAACUUAAAUUUUUUUUACGACAUUAAAUAAUAUUAUUGUUUUAAAGGGAAGAGAAUUGAGCCUAAUGUGUCCUUAAUUAUUUUUUUUUUUUGAUAAAUUGACCUAAUUAAAGGCAUGUUAAUUUGUUUCAUUUUGUUUUAUCUUAUUUCAUAUUAUAUGGGUUCAGACAUAAGUACAUACAAAUUAAGUUCACAAAAACUUGUGUAUACAGUAUAAAUUUACAAAACUCAUGUGUAGAUAAAAUAAGGUUUUUCUUUUCAAUAAAAGUUUACACAGAAAUAAGAUAAACAAAGAAAAAUUUUAUAUUAACAGUUAAUAAAUUAAGACAAUAUAAGUUCCAAAAAAAAUACUCCGUGCUGUGCAAGACUAAUUUGUAAACCAAACUAAAUCUACUCCGUGCUUACUCAAAAAUUCAAAAAAUAAAAUCUACUCGGUACUUAAUGUACAGUGCAAGUAAAAUAGAUAUUAUUUUCUCAAAAAAAAAAAAAAAAAAGUAAAAUUGAUAUUAAGGGUUUUUCUUUACUUGGAUUUACCCUUUUUCUUCUUCAAAUAAAAUUUCAAAAUAUAUCCUUAUAAUAAAAUUUGAAAAAAUAAGAAGCCCGCCUUUCUUUCUUCCACCUGAACUCAGACAAACACUUUUACAACAUCCAACCGGAAAACAGCGACAAUACGAUGGCGAAAACCGACGGCGACAGCAAAAAAAAAUUAGCAAGGAGGAAACCUCUGCGAGAUGUCUCUAAUGGCGGCAUCAAAUCCAUUAAAUCCUCCUUGAAGAAAACGAAGUUGAAAAUGGCGGAAGAACUUCCUCCUCAUUACCAAAAUCAACAAUCAAACAUUGCAGACCCACUUGAUCGCCUUCUCUUAGUUCAUUCCGAUAUUUCUUCUCUUCUUCGUCAGAUUGAUGAAAUUGUUGUCCAAGCAGUCAAAGUGGAUACAACUGAUAAUGAGAGGAUUACAGAAAUUAAAUCCUUCACAACAGUGCUGUCUGAAAUCCAUUACUCUCUUAAGCCGUGGGUUCCUAGGCUUCAAAAGGCAAUUGAUGUUCCUCACACUGAAUCUGAGAUUCAAUUUUGUGAGACUCGUGUUGAAGGUCCUGUUGUGGAUGAUCAAGGUGAUGUGCAUGAAGUUGGUACUCCGGAGCCAGCUAAGUUUGAAUCAUUGGUCUCUCCUUCCCCACUUGUAUCUUGGCGUGCUACUGGCUGUGUAGAAGAGAGAGGUAAACAACUUUUUUUCCUUACUCCUCUGCUGAGGCCACAAACAACAACUUCCAAAGCUCGUGCUUCAACCAAGCUAACCGUCUGUGAAGGGAUCUCCUCGAGUGUAACUGCUGCUAUUUUUUCCUCUCCUUGUGCAAACGAAAAAUCUAAAAAGGAAAAGGUCGAAGUUGUUUCUGAAAAUUUAGAGAGCAUUUCAGAUAUGAGAAUUUUGUCUGCUCAGGAAAUUCCAGUCAGUGACUUAUCUACAAGUUUGAUUACCCCCUGCCCCAAAAACCCCCCUGUAAGAGCUUAUGUUGAGCCUGGUCAUGAGCUGACCUACAGAAAAAUUGUGAAAUCCCAUAAAUCAACACCAUUUCCAACAGGAAACCAAAAAAUAUUUGAGUCCACAGAUUCUGAGAGCUCCAGUAAUGAAGCUCAAGAGAAGUUGGGCAUUAGGUAUCUUGAUCUUAUUGGAAUAAAACCCUCCUGUAAGUCAGCAUAUGGAAAUAGAGCACUAGAUGCUUCACCAGCAUGGAUAACGUCGCCACCUAAAUGUUGUACGUUGCUGGAACCACUUGAUGAAAAACAGUCAAAGCAUCAUGCUAGCUUGCAAGAAGUAGCUACUACUUUCAAUCAGAAAUUAUGUCUUGAUCCCAAGGAAAGCAGAACUAAUGGUCAUAAUCAAGAGGAAGAAAACAAGAAAUUUUGCUUAAAAGGGAACACAAGGAGCAACUUUGCAACAGUAGAAAGCACUCCUUUGUGGAAGGGGUCUGAAAGCACAAUUUACAGAGGCAAGCGUCCUGGUGAAAACACUUUGAAGAAGGAGCUGUGGACGAGGUUUGAAGCUGCAUCAACAAAUGGUCUAAACUUCCCUGUCUCAAAUGAUACUUCUCACAAAGGAUUUAUGGAAAUGUUGGAGGAGGCAUCCUGUGAUGAGUCGAAUGUGCAUCCUGAUGCAUUUAGGUGACCCACAAUCAGCAUGCCAACUAAAUGAAAGAAAUCAAUUAUUGUAAAUGGUGGUUUUUAGCUAUUGCUAUCUAUUCCAAGUACUAAAGCCACCUAAAGUGUAAUCUUCAUAUGUUCUCUCUUAAGAAACACUAUUUCUAUGUUAAUCCUAUGAAAUUUUGCUUACUACGAGAUUCAG